GAGCGGUCUUCAAUCGAUUUGCGCCGCUGGGAACCGCGACAAUAUUCUUUUCUUAAUAUUCUUUUCUUAGCCGCAUCUCGUGCUCACAUACAUACAGAUCACGGAUCAAAUUACCACAUACUCUCGUUCAGAAUUGCUAAUCAAUUCUUGUCUACCUUGCCAUUCAUUGAUUUUAUCUUAAUUUAUCUACGUCCCAUACUCCAAUUGCUUGGCCGCAAUCUACAAUCUACAAUCUAUAAUCCACGCUUACAGCAAAACCAAAAACAUUCAUUGAUCAGCAUUAGUUACAGUGCAUACACCUAUCGCGUAUCCAAACACAUUCAUACCUGACUACGAAUAUGGACGAGGAACUUGCCGAGGAUGUCGUUGAGGAGCAGCAAGGCAACCCGGGCGCCGACAUCGAUAUGGCCGAGGGUGACGAGGCUGAGGGGACCGUUGUCAGAAACAGUAGCGGAGACCUACCCUUCGCAGGGGGUGCUGAUAUCGAACCGCGUACCAGGUUUAUAAGUUAUCUUACUAGUCCUGUCGUGACUCUGGUUGUCGGCAAUGGCGAAACGGAGACUAUCCUCGCUGCUCACCAGGCCCUCCUUACUCAAAGCCCAUUCUUCUCCGAUGCCUGUGCGGCCUUCACUGACGAUGGAAGCCCGCGACAAAUAGAGCUCGCGACCGAGGAGCUAGACGCCGUCGGCUGUUUCCUAGAAUUCCUCUACACCGGCGACUACUUCCCCAGGAAGCUUCCUGGUCAGCGACUACUAGAACAAGACCCGUCUAUCCCCACCGUCGACGAGACCGGUGAGCAGCUCUUGAAGCAUGCGCGCGUGUAUACCCUGGCCGAGAAGUUCGGGAUGGACAAGCUGAAGAGCCUCGCAAGCAGCAAGAUUCACUGCGUAAACUCCACGGCGAAGGGGGAGAUCACAUAUGCCCGUUACAUUUACCAAUACACCAACAAGGAAGAUACGACGGUCCGCGCUCCCGUGGCCAACUUCUGGGCCACCCGCAGCCACACGCUACGUGCGGAGGCAGAGGACGAAUUCCGCUCGCUAUGCUUGGAAUUUCCCCAGUUCGGUUACGAUGUGCUCACUCGCGUGUUGGACGAGAAGCUCAAGCGAGAGCGGAACGACAAGCUGCAUCCGGCAUCAGGGAGCGCACGCAAGCGAGCCCGCCACAGCAACGUAUAGUUGUGCUCUUAUCUUUAAUUGUAGCUAUUCGACCUUUUAUUUCAGUUGAGACGGCAAUAGAGUCGCGUGAAUACUCUAGACUGCGU